AUGUCCGGGUCUUCGGCACAGCUAAAUGCAUUGUCAAUACGAUGUAACCGCCACAUGCCACGCUGCAACAAAUGUCUCGCAUCCGAGUCUGAGUGCGUCUAUCCUACUCGGCAAAAGAGAAAGGUGACUAAACCAGCAGCAAAAGAUAAUGUCAGCAAUCAAGCCUUAACCAACAUACUGGAACGUCUUCAAAAAGUUGAGCAGCAUUGUGACACUCUACCAUCAAUUAUUCCCUUUUCUGUUGCUCAACGUACUUUGGACUCCAAUUCAGAGCCAUCUCAGAGGAAUGGAAUCCCAUUUAUCAGUGCCAUCCCUUCCGAGAUUUCAUCGCCAGGCUAUCUGGCCACUCCCCACAGCGACUUUUCGCUACCAUCGCUCCCAGCACCGGCUUCCAUUGACGCCACAUCAGUUCUACAUGGUGCCAUGGAGCAGGUAGAGAAACUCAUGCUCAGAAGUUUCGCAAAAUGCGUCAUUACAGAGGAGCUCCGAAUACCAAAGGAAGUGGCGAAGCUAUGGCUCUGUAACUUCUUUGAUCAAAUGCUUUCGGACCUCUUUCUCUCUCUGAUAGACCGAAAGUUAAUAGAAAUGGUUCCAGAUUUACUCGAACACCCUCAAAUCCAUCUUGAUGCCGGAAUUCUUGUGAUAUACUACGCUACUCUUUGGCAAGGAGGCGCCAUCACCUCCAUGCUUGACAAAACCACCGAAUUAGGGAGCUUCGCAAGACUGGCUUAUAUAGGAUGCCUCCGUGCCCUUCCAUUAUGGCAGCGAGAGGCCACCGGCACCUACACAGAUAUGAUGGCAGCCAUAGCCAUGUCUCGAAUGGCAGGAGACUCUUUCGACUACGAAUUGGCCUGGAAGAUGCACAAACAAGCAUGCGAAUAUGCACAAGCUCUGGACCUUCACAACCUUGAUGACGGCGGCGGGCCCAUUGGGAGUCAUCAUCCAAACAUAACGGAAGAGAACCGGAAGGGGUUUUGGGGCCUCAUUCAAAUCGAUGCCUUCUUUCGCCUCCUCUUCAACAAACCUCCAUUGCUCACAGGCAACGUCUGGAAAGUCAACCUCCCGUGGUUUAACUCGGAUCCCGUACAAGAUACCAGGACUCUUGAUCAGAUGCUUUUCAUUGUCAGCUCUCGGGUUGCUCUCAUCACGCUUCAAUUUUUUGCCAUUCUAGAAGAAUACAAAGAUGAGCCAGAGGUUCUUGUUCCAAAAACGGAAGCUCUUUGCAUGGAGGUGGUGCAGGUAUUCGAUGAGUGGAAGUUGCCCUAUGAGCAAAUGGCUUCCGCUAAAACUCCCUUUGAGGCCUUCACUAUUGCUGAAGCGGCACUGACAGCGUACACCAGCAUCAUCUUCAUGCUACGGAAAAUGACGGCUCUGGAUUCCACCUCGCCCGCGCCCAUCUCGACGGACGGGGAUGUUCGAGACUCUCCGGUAGCUCUCAUCGCGGCCUGCCACCUUGUGAAGAUAUGCUCUUGGUUAUUACAUCACUACACUCACUCCGUCAUGCUCUCUUGGGUAUUUGGUAUGUACAGAACGUACGCGCCUUUAGCCUAUGUCAUCGGUCAUAUUCUACGCGCGUCGGACGUAGCGCCGUUUACGGAGGAAAUCGAGGCGGUCAAAAGGAUUUCGGCGAGUAUUUUGGCGGUUUCCAAAAAUGAAAAGGAGAUAGUUCCCUUGGCAAACUCAUUGCAAUAUUUAAAUGAGGAGAUACAGAAGAAGAUGAGGGAGACGGGAGAGGAAUUAGGACAGUAUUAA